UACAGUGGUGCCAAGGUCUCGGUAAUCUAGCACUUACUGGGAAAGUUUAUGUCAGUCCAGUUUAAUCACAAGCGACAAGUACCUGGUUCAUCACAAUGGCACGUGAUAAUUACGUUGAGGACCUCACCUUGAGGCUUCUUGAGCACAUCCAUGAGAAGGUGAAGGCCUCCGUCCGCCCUCAGGUCAACGUGGAAGAGACGGCCAAACAGUUAGAAAAGAACAUUCGAAAAAAAUUGGAAAAAGCCUUGAACAAGUCUCUGAAUAAUCUAGAAAGAAGGUUCUUCAAGUACGCAGAGUGUGUAGACGUCUCUGAAAACAGGCAGUUCAAACGGAUCUCAAGGUUGAUAUCAAGGGCUGAGAACGACGUGGACGCCAACUUUAAUGAAGGUCAAACACAAACGGGAAUCGUUGCAGGAAGAGGCGAUAUCCAUGGACAACUGCUGAAGCAAUGUUUAUAUGACCUUGUGGGCAAAUUGGAUCUUUUAGGAACUCAGCUCCUUGACAUUCUACUUGGAAAACACAUAAUGUCGGACUCUGACGACAGGAGCAUUCGAGAAAAGACAUCUAGUCGUGCGAGGAAUAUCGAAUUUGUGGAUAUUAUAUGUCACAAAUUAUCUCCAGAUGAAUUCAAUGAGACCUUCCUUCCAGCACUUGAGAUAGAUCAUCCACACUUGUUUACUAUAUUGGUAGAAAAAUUGUCCGAAAUAGAAGAGAGCUAUGAAGAAAAACAGUGCUUAUCGUGCAGUGUAAGAAGUAAUGUACAGGUGCAUCGACUUGCAAAGCCUCUUCUAAGGAGGGAGUAAUCCAGCUUUCACUACAUGCCGACCUGUGCCGAGG